AUUAAAGCGUGUGUAUUUUAAAGUCGUGAUCUGUCGAAAAUGUGAAUUUGUUGCGUGUGGUGGUAUUGUCUUACGAUUUACAACUGCGAAAAGUGGCACAUCAUUCAAUAGAUGCGUAGCCGAUUUAUAGUCGCUCCCAUCGCAAAGGUCUGCUCGCUCACAUUGACCUUGUUAGAGGUGCGAAAUGAAAUUGCAAGUGCUAAGCAUCUGUGUCUGUGUUGUAGCUUUGGCUGCUGCAGCAGCAGCUUCGGCAAAUUAUGCAACAGCAGCGUCGACAUCGCUGCGCCAAAGAGCGCGGCGCCCAAAAAAUGCAACCGAGACGCAAUCGGAGGAGGAGUUGAAACUGUACAGCAGUAGUUCCCGUACAAAAAGCAAUAGAUUGCUCAGCGGUAGCGGGGGCAGUGAUGAUGUGGUUGCACAAUAUAAGUUGCCUUCGCCAGCGCCUGCAAACGAUGCUGUUCAGGAGCACAGGAGCGGUUACGGUAACGAGGGCAAGGCAAAGCGCAGGCGCACGCAGAUUGUAAUGCGACGCAGACCAGCAGCCAAAGCCAACAGCACAACAACAACGACGACUACAACAUCCACAACCAUGACAUCCACUACAACAACAACUCCGCGUCCCAGUCUAGCCAACGGUUUUAAUUUGUUUGGGUCAAACUUCUGGAACUUUGGCCAGCAGAGCAUUGUGGCUGUCAGCAGUACGCGUAGCCCUCCUACGAAGCAUCCCCAUCCGCCCAAGAAGUUUACGCCAUCCACAGCGCCUAGCUCCAAGCAGGAGAAGCUCAGCUAUCUCAAGCAAAUAAAAAACACCCGAAGCAAAUUUGCUACAAGCACCUCGACGGUGCGUCCAUCUACUGAUGGUCCGUUCCGUAUAGCACUGCCCACACUGACCUUGUCGGACACAGGUUCCGGCAACGAAAAGGAAAAGGAUAAGCGAGCCACCUCGAAUUUGCGAGUGCGCUUCAAUUGCCCGCGCGAACACGAAGUCCGCUUUCAGCUGUUUCCGAAGAUCUGCGAGACGGAUAAGGACUGCGGGGUCUGGCAGCGAGACGAACUAUGCUGCGACAUCUUUGGAGCCAGCAGCUGUGUGACGGGCGUGCCAAAGCCGCUAGAGGAAACGCCUCACGAACCCAUUUUUGGUCUAAUACAGCGGAAAUGCCCCGCACGCCCAUUGGCGGAGCUCUGGUGGGAUGUGCAGGAGUGUGAAACGGACCAGGACUGCUGGCCACGUGUCUGCUGUCCCGAUGGACGCCGUCGCUACUGUCGCACCUCACAGCCGGAGCUGGAAAUGGCGCCAGUGCCAGUGAGACGCUCUUUCAACUACUUAACUGAGUACCUGGAGUGCACGGCACCGCCACCGCCCAUUUUCGAUCUACACCCCAAGGCCUGCACCUCCACGCUGGACUGUUUUCCCAAUGUGUGCUGCCAGGAGGCCGGGCUGCGCCAUUGUCGUCCCCCCAAGAAGUCGGUGCUCACACUGAUGGCCAAUUUUCUGAACGUGGACUUUGUGAAGAGGCUAACACAGAACAUUGUUAUCAAAUAGACCCAUCGGGCUCCCACUAACGAAGGCCAUUCAUCCAUCCCCCCUUCUAUAUACAUACAUACGUAUAUACAUACCUGAACGUUAUGAACCACUUACCUGAUAUGAGUAUCUUUUACUCUCUUGAUAGCUGAUAGCUCGUAUGUUCUCAUACCCAUUACGUACACUUUGUAUGUAUUUGUACUUAUUACAAAUCACGCAUACUCGUAUUACUCAAGCAUUAUAUGUACAUAAAAACAUAUGUAUGUAUGCAUGUUUGUUUGUUUUGUAUGUAUUUCUUCCAUAAAAAUUUAUAAUCUAGCAUUAGGCAGUACUACCACCUAAGUUGCAUUCGUAGGCUCUGUUAAGAUAAUAAAAACAAUUUAUCAACCUUAUACAUACAUAUGUACGUAUGUACAUAUAUAUUCUGUGUCUGCGUGGUCCUAUUGCGUCUUAGAAGCUCAACGAUAUCACUACACACUGAUAAAUAAAGUAUAUACAUAUGCA